AUGGAAUUCGCUGAGCUUAUCUUAACGCCCAAGUUGGACGGAGUGCUGCUUUACGAUCAGCUAAGUGACCGGCCAAUAGACGGAACACUGUGUAUUACUGGACACCAUCUUAUUUUGAGCACACGGAAAGAAGGCGCACAGGAACUGUGGCUCCUUCAUCAAAACAUCGAUCUCGUCGAGCGGAAACCUAACAUCGUAAACAACGUCCUUGAAGGCGGAACGAUCAUUCUAAAAUGCAAAGAUCUCAGAAUCAUUGCCCUAAAAAUCGCCUCCCCGCAAGAGUACUUCAACAUUUCCAACUCGAUCGAACAGCUAUCGAACCUGGAGGAAACAAAGAUGCUCUAUCCUUUCUUUUACAUACCAAUGUACAACAUUCUGGAAGACGGUUACUCGUUAUAUCGACCGGAGCAGGAAUUUGGAAAGCUAUUGGCCAAUGGCGACGAGUGGCGACUGACGACGGUGAACAGCUCGUACCAGGUUUGCCCGACAUACGGCGCGAAGCUUGUUGUGCCACGUUCCAUAACCGACGAACAGAUCAUCCAGUCCUCGGCGUUUCGUGACGGGGGACGUUUUCCCGUGCUGUCCUACCGCCACAUGAACGGUGCGGCUAUGUUGCGCAGUGCUCAACCGUUGGCAGCCCCAGGCGUCACGAAGCGCUGCCGAGCGGAUGAAGCCAUCCUGAAUACGGUGUUGGGACGCAGCAAGAAAGGCUUUAUUUUCGACACAUGGGCUAAGGGUAAAAGCAGCACGACGGAAACGGAUCAGCACUAUUCCCAAUGGAAAAAGGUGACCCGACCGAUCGGCCAGUUCAGUUCAGUGUCAGCUUUGUUAGAUAGUUUUAUCAAAUUGAUGGAAGCGUGCAACGACGUUCAGUGCAGUUCGGACAAGUGGUUGACUCGGUUGGAGAUGUCCGGAUGGCUUGGUUACGUACUUAAUGCGCUAAAUGCGGCCUGCGUGGUAGCGCAAUGUCUCGAUCAGGAAGGUAGCCCGGUGCUGGUCCACGGAGGAAAAGGUUUUGACACAACACUGGUCGUUACUUCGCUGGUGCAAAUUAUUCUGAAUCCCGAUAGCCGCACCAUCAGAGGACUGCAAGCCCUCAUCGAUCGAGAAUGGUUGCAAGGUGGUUAUCCUUUCUCAACCCGACACAAGCAUUCCUGCUAUACACCCUCCAACCUACGACGGAAAAGCUCCAGUGCCACGUUCCUGUUGUUUCUCGACUGCGUCUACCAGCUGUACGCUCAGUUUCCGUGCAGUUUUGAGUACGACCAUCGAUUAAUGGUAACCCUGUACGAACACAGCUACUUCAGUCAAUACGGCACGUUUCUUGGCGAUAGUGAGCGCGAUCGAGUUCAGUUGAAGGUUUUCUCUCGUACUACUAGCCUGUGGUCUCAUCUGAAUCGACCCGAAGUGGUAAAAUCUCUCCUCAAUCCCUUGUACGAACCGAAUCCUUCCGUCAUUUGGCCAUCGGUGGCACCGAUCAGUAUAGUCCUUUGGUCGGAGCUAUACACACGCUGGUCUAUUGAUCAAUCCCAGCUGAAAAUCAAUUUUGGUCACAUUCAAGCGCUGGUUAGUAGAGAAAAGGAUCUACGCAGUCGUGUGAUGAAACUGCGUCGCCAGCUGUCGGAGUUGCAGCGGGAGUAUCAGCAGAUACGGAGCGAAAAGAACGGGAACAGUGACGCAGCCCAUCGACGCUUGGAAAUGGACGAUCCCGGUGAUGACGGUGAUGAAGAAAGUGUAUCCUCAGAUGCACUGGGCUCCAGUAAGUAG